AUGCCGAUAGAAAUGCCGAGAGGGUUGCCGUUCUCGGUGGACACAUGGAGUGUGAGAUCCCAGAUGAAACGGCACCAUUUCUUGACUCACGCCCACAAGGAUCAUUCCUCGGGAAUCUUGACCCACUCAUCUUUCCCGAUUUACUGCACCGGUCUCACGAAAUCGCUUCUCCUCAACCAAUACCCUCAGCUUGAUGAGUCGUUGUUUCUGAGAAUUGAAGUGGGGCAAUCAAUUUUUAUCGAUGACCCAGAUUGUGAAUUCACGGUUACAGCUUUCGAUGCCAAUCACUGUCCAGGAGCUGUGAUGUUCUUAUUUGAAGGCAGCUUUGGAAGCAUCUUACACACAGGAGACUGUAGGCUUACCCCUGAGUGUUUAUAUUGUUUACCUGAAAAGUACAUCAGCAAGAAAGGGAUACAACCUACUCACCGCCUUGAUUAUGUUUUCUUGGAUUGCACAUUUGGCAAGUUCCGCCAGCCACUUCCAUGCAAGCGUUCGUCAAUUCAGCAGGUGAUUAACUGUAUAUGGAAGCACCCUGCUGCAACUGUAGUGUACCUGACAUGUGACCUUCUUGGUCAGGAGGAUAUAAUGGUCAGUGUGUCCCAGGCAUUUGGUUCCAAGAUAUUUGUGGAUAAAGUUGCCAACCCUGAGCUGUUUGGAGCUUUGAAUCUUACAGUGCCUGAGAUCCUUACCCAAGACGAAUCUUCUCGUUUCCACGUGUUUGAUGGGUUCCCCAACCUGUACAAACGUGCAGCAGCGAAGCUUGCUGAGGCCAAAGCAAAUUCCCAGCCUGAGCCCCUUAUCGUCCGUGCUUCAGCACAGUGGUACGCAUGUGAUGAAGAGUAUUCAUGUACUGGCAGUGAAGGAAAAUUGAGAUUUGAUACAGUUGUAAAAGACCUAUAUGGUGUUUGGCAUGUGUGUUACUCCAUGCAUUCGUCCAGGGAAGAACUGGAGUGGGCUCUUCAACUUCUUGCACCAAGAUGGGUUGCAUCAACCACCACUCCCAGUUGUUCAGCUAUGGAGUUGGAUUAUGUGAAAAAGCAUUGUCUCGCCAGCAGAUUAACUCCAGGCGACCCUCUAUGGAAGCUUCUCGACAUUCGUGUGGAUGGUGAUGAUGUAUCGACACAAUGUACAGGUAAGAAUUCUCCUGUGGUUGAGCGGGUGCCUGCUGAAAUGGUAGGAGGAGAAUCUCCUACGAAAUCGAAGAAUGGAUCUUUCUCCAAGCUGCCCUGUACUUUGCCCCUAUACGAAGGGCAAACGGUUACUUUAUUUGGCAGAGCUAGACUUAGGAUUGAAGAUUCCUUUGAGAAAUGUGGACAAUUGGUUUCAGACAAGAUAGGCAGGGAGCUCCAGGUUGAAAUAGCCCGUGAAGAGGAAAGUGACGUGGUAAAAGUGAAACAACAAGUGGAGCAUAGUAGUGUCUGUGGAGAAGAACUAUCAGAGAAAGAUGGGUCUAAGGUUUCUUCUUCUGGUGCUGCUAGUGGAUCCUCGAACAACUUGGGUGAAAACUUGAAGAGGUACUACAGGUCCAUGAACGUGCCUGUGCCUCGGCCACUUCCGUCGUUGCUCAAACUUCUGGACAAUCACAAGAGAAGAACAAAGAGGAGAUUUUGA